AAUGCUAUACUGCUCAUUUCAUGAUGUGCCCGUGCUCGAUCCUGCAAGAUCACGAAUAACUCGACUUGGAACUGCGCUCAUUCCGUGGCCGCCCACCUCUCAAACAGUACAUCAUGCACUGGCACGAUAUGUGCUUUUCAUCCUCACCAUGCACCUUCCUGCAGGGUCGAUAUGAAGGAUCAGGAGAUAUAUUGCAUGGGACGUGGGAUAGUACAUCGGGUGAAAUAGAAGAGGUUGGAGAGAAAUCGAGUGAGGUGACAAUAGC